AUGCUUAAUUAAAAGUCAUCCUUAAAAAAUAUAUUGAAAUUACAGCACCAUAAGAAACAUUAAGUGAAGAAAAAUUGUAAAUUAAUCGACUAAAUAAAAAGACAAUAAUUAGCUACUGAAUUUUAAAAAGAAAUAGCUGUUUAUGAAUUUUAAAUAGCAAAGGCAUCUAGAUAGCUGGAAGCAUAAAAUUUUGAUAGGGAACAAAAUUAAGAAUUAAAUAAGUCAAUAAUUGAAGGCAUAAAGUAAACCGAUUUAGAAAUAGAAAAUUUGAAAAGUGUUUAUUAGAUUGAAGAAUAAAUAAAAAUUAAUAGAUAGCAUUAUGAAAAUUUAUCAAAACAAAUAAGCAGUUAUGAGAAUGUUAGCAAUGUUGUUAAAAAUAUUGAAGUGGCUACAAAGAAUAUAGAGCAAUUAAAAAUUCAGCAUAAGUAAGCAGCAGAAUUAAUCAAAAUUAAAGAAAAAUAAUUAUUUAUGAUGUUGCAUCUAAUGUAAGAUUUAAUUGAGGUCAAGUAUGAAUAAUGA